UGUCUCUCUUCCCCUCUAUCUCACUCUCUCUCUCUCUCUAUCUCUCUCUCUGUUUCUCCCUCCCUCCGUGUGCCAUCUCCCGCGGAACGUCUCCGUCGACGUCGGCUCUCGCAGUCGUCGUUGUCCCCGCGGUGUGCCCGCGUCCUCUGGUCAGCGCGCGAUGUAAACAAAUCGGAGUAGCAGCGAACCCCUCGGGGACCGUCGAAAAUCUCCAACGGGAAUCCCCGCGGCUCGUGUCCGACCGAUUGAUCGCCGUCGCACCCAGUGUGUGUUCGUCCCGCUCUUCCGGCGUGUGGUUUCCCAGUGUGCCGCGUGUUAGCAGUGUACCCGCUCUACGCGCCUUACCCGGUUCCGCGGGUAAACAAAGAAUGUUGCGUCAAGGAGACUCGCGCGCGACGAUCCCCGCUCCCCGCGUCGCGGAGACGGCUCCCUUGACACGCCGUUAACGCGAUCGAUCCUCCCGAUUAGUCCCCGUUCGUUUCCUGAUCGCGCUCCGUUACCCGGCUCCGCCGGGUGAAUUUCGGUCCGCUCCGUUCGGGCUGCGUCGAACCCCGGGUGAAUAGAGGUCGGCCGGAGAAGAGAGGUGCAUUAUCGGUGCAGGGAAGUGUGCAAUACCCUCGUGCCUUUAUCCUGUUCGGGUAAGCAGUGAGUCACUCGUCCCGCUGUGUUCGCGUACCACGAGCGGAGCGCGCGCUUCUGGAUUAGCCGCUCCUCUCGUGCGGGUUCGACGGAACGGGAUCGCACCGCGCCGGGUCGUAUCGGUGCUCGUCGGCCCGUGCCCUGCCUGCUUGCCUGCUCGCCUGCCUGCCCCGUGUCUGCCCGCCUGCCUGCCCACGGCCGCGGUGCGAUCGUCGCGCGAAUCGACCGCGAAAAGAAUGAGAGUGUUUUUCCGCGAGAGCUCCGCGUCGCCAACGGCGGGUCGUAUUCACGGUAUUACCGGUGGUUCUGGUGCGCGCGGGCCCGCUAGCCGCUACCUUUACGCAGGAUUAUUUUCGGAUACCGCAGCGACCGCUCGGCUGAGAGCGAGAUCUUGAACGCUCGUUGCACAAAAGUCGCCGGCAAUGACGACACGUGUUCCGCGGAUCGGAAAUCGACGGGAACAUGCUAUCCGCCUUUCGUGGCAUCAUCGGGGAGCCGAGCAGUGUUAUAUUCGUGGAUGAUACUUCAGUAUUCUCGGUAGUACUCUCGGUGACAUAUGCUUUAACAUCGGUCAUGUGAAGUCAGGACAUUUGUAAUCGAUACGGGAGACUCUUAUGCUCCUGUACGUGCAUGAGUAAAUCAGUUGUUAUACGAGUUUCGUACGAUGACAAUAUCGUUAGAUCAGUAAUGGCUGAGGAAGACGUCUGAAAUGAAUCGUUUCGAGUCGUUCGACGAUGGCGUUGAAUUUGAGGGAAUUAAUCAUUGGGAUGUGGACUUUUGGAAAUUAUUAAUAUUGAGCGUGGAGCGGGACCGGCUUCGGCAGCGGGAACGACAGGCCCGCGCGGCGAUGUCGGUCCAGGCCGAACAGGCGGCUGCAGGAGGUGGUCCUGACACCAGACACCAUCACCAUGGCCACCACAACCACGCUCACCAUCACGCUAAUCCGCAUGCAGUCGCCGCACUGCUGUUCCGCGCUCCCGUCAGGGUGAACCCGGACGCCCAGGACAGCACCACGCAGCAGAUCCAAUCGAAGCUGGGCAACUAUUCCCUGGUGAAGCAUCUCCUGGACGAGCCGAAGCGUCUGAUCGGCAUAGAGGGUGUGCCGGCGAGCCCGGCCCCGUCCUCGGCCACCUCGUCCCUGCGAACGAGUUCGAGCUCGGUCGGCUCGAAUUCCAGGAGCUCGCCCUCCUCCCAAGAAUUCAAGAAACCCGGGGGGCCGAGGAGCAGCGGCUCGUCUUCCUCGUCGUCGAGCCAUCAGCGCGGCGGUUUCGUGAAGCCGGCGGACGGCAAACCGCCGCACGGGGGCAGGGGCGGCUACCCCGGCCAGCCGGUGAAGCACGGCGGCAACAGCAACGAUCAUCGCAGCCACGGUUUAUUACCCGCCAAAGGACCGCCCCCGAACUCGCCCGGGAACGGUGCGCUAGGCGGCGGCGGCGGCGGCGGCGGCGGCAAUUCGAGUAUCGGGAAUUCCGGCGGCAGCAGGCUUCACUCCGCCGCCAGCAGACUGUCCAGGUUACCUCUCGAUAACGGGACAAACUCGAGACCUGGACCCACCGAGAACUCAGCGGACCUGGAGAUCAUAAUGAAGGAAAUGACAGUGCCGCCCACGCCUCUGACGGCCAUCGCCCAGACGCCGAGGAAGGAGCUCGAGACAAAGUUCAUGUUCAAUCCCGUGCUGGUGAAGUUGACCGAGGUACCGCCGCCGGAGCCCACGAAGCCUCAACGCGAGCGGCACAGCGCCAACAGGCUAUCCGCAGAUUUGGUGAAGUCGGAUCUACUGUUGUCCGAGGACAGCGAGGAUGAAACGACCAAGGGUACGUUGUCACGGACGACAAGGGGCAGCAGGAGCCCCGACCUCACGGUCGACUUGUCGACACCCUUGAUACCAGCGAUGACGCCCGCCCCGCCGCCGUUGGCGCCCAUGUCUCCCAUGGGGCUGUCGCCGGUGGGACCGUUGUCGCCGCCGAGGCCGUUGAGCCCGGUGAGGCCGCCGACUCCUCCGAAGCAGGUGACGCCAAAACAGGCGCUGUCGCCUCCGCCGGUGAGCCCUUUGCAGUCGAAGAGCUCGCCAAGUCCCACGAUGCACCAUCAGAGGCCGCCCAGCCCGCCGGGCCAGGCGCCGCAGAGCUCCGGAAGCGCGAGCUCCAGCUCCGAUUCCGGGUCCGAGUCCGGCUCGGAGAGCAGCGACGACUCCGAGGACGAGGUCAGUCCUCCGCCCACGAAGGGACCCUCGACACCACCCUCGGUGUCGCCGAAGACCGACAAUCUGAUCGAGGAGCCGCUGCCUGCGAUAGAGGAGUCGACGCAUAACCAAACCAGGUGGAACCUCAGAUCGUUCUUCGACAAGACGGCUGCGUCCCAUGGGGAACAGAACACGGAGAACAAGCAGACGCAGGAGUGCGCCAGGCGGGAGGGUUCGCCGGCGGUGGCAGCGGACACCAGAACGCUCAGGGAGAAGACCAGCCACGACUGGAAGCUGGACGAAGCGUUCAAGAGGACGCGCACGGACCCGCUGAUCACGAUGUUGAGCGACAGCGACCAUCACUCGGACCAAGAGAAGACGCAGCCGGCCGGGGAGAGCCUCGCGCCGGAGAAACCAAAGGUGGCCGACGCCAGGAAACGCGGCCGGCCCAGAAAGCCCACGAAGAGUCCCAAAGGCGGCCACCGGACGUCCGAGGAAGGUCUGAAGAACGGGAAGCCCAGGAGCAGAACGAGACCGGUGGGCAGUCCCGUGAAGAAGAAGCAGCCGGCGUCCAGCGUGAUCCAGUCGUUCCCGCCGUUGACGUACGUGGACGGCGUGCCGAGCCUGAUGUGCAGGAUCGACCUGAGCAGGCUGCCGCACAUAUCGCAGCUGUCCAGGGGCCAGGAGUUCAGGGAGCGCACCGAGCUGCCGGACACCAGGCCGUCCUCGAAGCAGCCGUCCGCUCUGGCCGCCCAGCCGCCGCGGCCGCCCACGCCGGAAGAGGGCGAGAUCGUGGACACGCCGCCCCCGCAGCAGCUGCCAUCCGACGCGAGGAUCCACGGCGACGUGACCGUCGACGGUGACCACAAGAACCGCGCUGUGAUCAAGGGCGAACCGAUAUCGGACUCGAAGAGCGGGAUCGGCGGUGUCGUCGUCGGUGCUGGUGCUAGUGCGAGUGGUAGUGGUGCUAGUGGCGCGGGCACCGCGCCCAAGAGGAAACGUAACCCGAGUUGUAGUUCUGUGUCCAGUUUGAGUACUGUGUGUUCCGUCGAGUCGAAGGCGAAGGGCUCGGCCGAGCACAAGGAGAAGAAGAAGCGGAAGAGGAAACACGCUGACAUCGAGGCCGUCGCAUCCAGGCCGUCUUCUAGUCAGCAGAGUGGUAUACAACCAACGAACCAUGAACGGGAAGAGAAACCCGACACGAGUCUCCUGCCGCCACCGCCCCCGCCUCAACGCGUCUAUUAUUCCUACUUCAACCCUCAGAACGAAGUUUUAGAGGAUCAGGAUAGGUGGGACCAGAAUCAGUACCUGAUGGAAGCGAAACGGCUGAAGCACAGCGCCGACAAGGAGUGCGAGCUCACCGCGCAAGGUAUGCUAUACCUAGAGGCCGUUCUCUGCUUCCUGCUCACUGGCAACGCGAUGGAGUCGGAUCCCGUCACCGAGAGGGCGUCGUUCACCAUGUACAAGGAUACUCUAAGCCUCAUCAAGUACAUCUCCUCGAAGUUCAAGAGCCAGCAGAACAACUCGCCCGAGAGCAGUAUACAUAACAAGCUGGCCAUUCUAAGCCUCUUUUGCCAGUCCCUCAUAUACUUGAAGCUCUUCAAGAUGCGUAAACACGAAGUCAAAGAGACACAGAAGAUUCUGACAGACUAUCAUCAAAAGCCCGCUCAGGCGACACCUGUGCAACCGGAGGGACAAGGGACGCCAUCUCUGUCGCCCACGCCGUCGCCGGCCGGCUCCGUCGGGUCUGUCGGCAGCCAGAGUUCCGGGUACAGCAGCGGCGAACUGGCGAACCGAGGAGCUGCUUCCGGCCAGCCACAGGCAGCUCCGUAUGUCAGCGUUCCACUCGGCGUCCACAACGCUAUGGCGAAACAGAAUUACCAGUUCAGCCUGCUGCUGAGUUGUCACGAUCUAUGGGAUCAGGCGAAUGCUCUGGUUACGGACAUGCAUAGAGACUUCUUCAUCGAGCUGGAUGAAAAACUGGGACCCCUAACCCUGAAGAGCUCCCUGCGCGACUUGGUGCGCUACGUUCAGGCCGGCAUAAAGAAGCUUCGUGAUCUCUGACCACAGUGGCAUAGCCCCCGACCACCCACCCCCAAUUACAUAACUUCUCUCCCGCAGAACAUGGCGACCUAUCCGACAAUGUUCACGUAAAGAACGUCGCGACGACGGGUACCUAAAGCGCGGGGUGUCCAGCGCGGUGUUUCGUCGACGUUGCGCGCUAGAGGAGAAACUCCCUCGGCGGAGAGAGAGGGGAGCAGCAGCCGAGAGAAGUGUUCUGUCAAUUCUUCCUCGGCGGACAGAGGAAUUGUCCUCGUUGGGGUGAGCAGAAGGAAAUUCGGUGGUCACGGGGGAGCGUUCGGCCGCGGGGAGGAUCGUCGAGUGGACAUCUCGCGAGCUCGCGGCUAACGGAAAGCAGUCGAGUGUCCUCCCGUUAAGGGCUGGACGGGGUUGUUUGGCGUACUUUUCGUUCGAACGGUUAGGCAUCAACCUUAUAGUCAAUUUGGAAGCGAACUGGUCCGGCGGAGACGACGAAUAUUCGGAAAGAGGGAUGUCCCGUUGAGAUUUACUCUCGAGGAAUUCGAUUCGCGCGCCGUUCGCGCGUCGGGUAUUUUUCAAGACCAAGAGGAUCCAGUGGAGAGCGAAGCUAAGGGAUGAAGAUUUUGAUACACGUGUGUGUUCGGGACGUAGGCGCACGGGAGAUGUUGCUGGGAGCAUUCAGUCGCCGGUUACAUUUUGUAAAUUACCGAGGAUGAACCGAGGACGAACGAAGAGGAUGACGAAGAGGAAGGACGAAGAGGAUGAGCUACGGAAGAAGGAGUAAGAAGUGCCACAGAUGCGCCGUGUGUUCUCGCUUCACGGUGAGCCGCAGCCGACGUUACCUGAAGCACGAGUCUCGUCUCGGCGAUUCGAGUGCGACGAAUACACAAUGAUAUAAAUAUAUACAUAUAAU